CUUAUAAAAAGCGAUGAACCGCGCGCGCCGGACUGUUAAUAUUGUCGCGACUCCCGACAUGAUUUGUUCUAAACAGAUAGUAAGAUUGCUGCUAUGCGGGCUCUGCAUGGUAAUAGCUUUGUCAAAUGCGGCGCCUGACAGCGGUGGUCAUGUGCCUCUUCCUGGUCCUGGACUGUCUUAUGGUGGAAUUCCUUACGGUAGUGUGAGCGGAAACGUAGCAGAAUAUUUCAAAAGGCAGGCGCCAUCUGGCGGCGCGUCCGCAGGUCUGGCGUACGCAGCUGACCACGCUGAUCAAUGGCUUUAAAAGAUGGCGCUAGUACACUUAGUUAAUUGUAAAUUAAUUUAAUUUAUGAAUAAUAUAAAUAAAUAAGUAGUAAAUAAAUUAAAACGUAAUAAACAA